AUUCCUGCGUUAAUUGGAAAAACCAAUGAAGCUUUUUUUUUUAUAAAUAAACGUUUUGAUCUGAUAAGUGAAUUAUCAAGCACCAUCGUUCCUUUCCAAAUAUAGUUUUAUUCUUGCUCGAGAUCUUUUUGAAAUGUUGCGGAUUUUGAAAAGUAGCCUUCUUGUACGUGAUCAAUCAAGAAAUAAGGUGGCUGCGGCACUCUUUUCAGAGAUGCCCAUGCCAGACAGAUGUCCCGAAGUUAAAUAUACAGGUGCAUUCAUCAAUAAUGAUUGGCACAAAAGUAAGACCGGGGAGACCUUUCCUUCCAUUAAUCCUACCACCGAGGAAACCAUCACCGAGGUGGAGUCCUGUGGCAAGGAGGAUAUUGAUUUCGCAGUAGAAUCAGCACGAAGGGCCUUCAAAUUAGGUUCACCUUGGCGUCGAAUGGAUGCUUCUGAUCGUGGACGGCUGCUAUACCGCCUGGCUGACCUUAUUGAACGCGAACGCGUCUAUUUGGCCAGUUUGGAGACUGUUGAUAAUGGGAAGCCUUACUUUAUGUCCUACAAUGUCGAUGUACCGUUGUCAGUUAAAAACUUGCGUUACUUCGCCGGAUGGGCUGACAAGAAUCAUGGAAAGACGAUUCCAAUGGACGGUGAAUUUUUUACUUAUACCCGACACGAGCCUGUUGGUGUGUGUGGUCAAAUAAUACCAUGGAAUUUCCCAAUGCUAAUGAUGGCUUGGAAAUUGGGACCCGCCUUGGCUACUGGUAACACCGUUGUAAUAAAACCCGCGGAGCAAACCCCUUUGACUGCCCUAUACGUUGCCCAAUUGGUAAAGGAAGCUGGAUUUCCUGAAGGUGUUGUUAAUGUAGUUCCGGGGUUCGGUCAAACUGGCGCCGUCUUAGCGAACCACACCGAUGUUGAUAAAGUGGCGUUCACUGGCUCUACAGAAGUGGGAAAACUAAUUCAGCAGGCAUCUGGAAACACCAAUCUCAAACGUGUAACCCUGGAGUUGGGAGGCAAGUCACCAAAUAUUGUACUUGAUGACUGUGACUUGGAAUAUGCAGUAGAGACUUCCCAUUUCGGUCUUUUCUUCAACAUGGGUCAGUGUUGCUGCGCCGGCUCCCGUACAUUCGUGCAAGACAAAAUCUAUGAUGAGUUCGUAGAGCGUAGUGUUGAGCGUACCAAGAAGCGUACAAUUGGUGAUCCGUUCGAAACAAAAACGGAGCAGGGGCCCCAAAUCAGUGAAGAACAUAUGGAUAAAAUUUUGUCCAUGAUAGAAACUGGUAAAGAGCAAGGAGCUAAGCUUGUGGUUGGUGGUAGCCGACCAGAUGGCAUUCCGGGCUAUUUUGUUCAGCCCACAGUGUUUGCCGAUGUUCAAGAUGACAUGACUAUUGCUCGUGAAGAAAUUUUUGGUCCAGUUCAGCAGAUUAUUCGCUUUAAGGAUCUCGACGAGGUCAUUGAGCGGGCAAACAAUUCGGACUACGGCCUAGCCGCUGCUGUCUUUACAAAGGAUAUUGAAAAGGCUAAUUAUAUUGUUGACCAUCUUCGUGCCGGCACGGUGUGGGUUAACACAUACAAUGUUCUCACUGCCCAGGCACCUUUUGGGGGCUACAAGAUGUCUGGCCAGGGUCGGGAGAAUGGAGAGUAUGCACUGUCCAACUAUACAGAGGUGAAGUGUGUUAUUGUAAAACUGAAACAGAAGACCUCUUAAUAAAAUCAAUAAGUUUCUUAA